GGAAGGACACCACACUGUUUUGUAUAAAUACUGCUGCGCUGCUCUUUGUUCCUCAGACCCGAAAGCAGCCGGAGCAGAUCGUUCACAGCUGGAGAAACACUUGCUUUGUCAAAAUGCAGAUCUUUGUCAAAACCCUCACUGGAAAGACCAUCACCUUGGAGGUGGAGGCAAGUGACACCAUUGAAAAUGUCAAGGCCAAGAUCCAGGACAAAGAAGGUAUCCCUCCAGAUCAGCAGAGGUUGAUCUUUGCCGGAAAACAAUUGGAAGAUGGCCGAACCCUGUCCGACUACAACAUCCAGAAGGAGUCCACCCUCCAUCUUGUGCUGCGUCUGAGGGGAGGCAUGCAGAUCUUCGUGAAGACCUUGACUGGAAAGACCAUCACUCUGGAAGUUGAGCCCAGUGACAGCAUUGAGAACGUGAAGGCCAAGAUCCAGGAUAAGGAGGGAAUCCCCCCAGAUCAGCAGAGGUUGAUCUUUGCUGGCAAGCAGCUGGAAGAUGGCCGCACCCUGUCCGACUACAACAUCCAAAAAGAGUCCACCCUCCAUCUUGUGCUCCGUCUUAGGGGAGGCAUGCAGAUCUUCGUCAAGACCCUCACUGGAAAGACCAUCACUCUGGAGGUUGAGCCCAGUGAUAGCAUAGAGAACGUGAAGGCCAAGAUCCAGGAUAAGGAGGGAAUCCCCCCAGAUCAGCAGCGUCUGAUCUUCGCCGGCAAGCAGCUGGAAGAUGGCCGCACCCUGUCCGACUACAACAUCCAGAAGGAGUCCACCCUUCACUUGGUCCUGCGUCUCCGUGGAGGCAUGCAGAUCUUCGUGAAGACCCUCACUGGAAAGACCAUCACUCUGGAGGUUGAGCCAAGUGACAGCAUUGAGAACGUGAAGGCCAAGAUCCAGGAUAAGGAGGGAAUCCCCCCAGAUCAGCAGAGGUUGAUCUUUGCUGGCAAGCAGCUGGAAGAUGGCCGCACCCUGUCCGACUACAACAUCCAAAAAGAGUCCACCCUCCAUCUUGUGCUCCGUCUUAGGGGAGGCAUGCAGAUCUUCGUCAAGACCCUCACUGGAAAGACCAUCACCCUUGAAGUCGAGCCCAGUGACAGCAUUGAGAACGUGAAGGCCAAGAUCCAGGACAAAGAAGGCAUCCCCCCAGAUCAGCAGCGUCUGAUCUUCGCUGGCAAGCAGCUGGAAGAUGGCCGCACUCUCUCCGACUACAACAUCCAGAAGGAGUCCACCCUCCAUCUUGUGCUCCGUCUGAGGGGAGGCAUGCAGAUCUUCGUGAAGACCCUCACUGGAAAGACCAUCACCCUGGAGGUAGAGCCCAGUGAUAGCAUAGAGAACGUGAAGGCCAAGAUCCAGGACAAGGAGGGAAUCCCCCCAGAUCAGCAGAGGUUGAUCUUUGCUGGCAAGCAGCUGGAAGAUGGCCGCACCCUGUCCGACUACAACAUCCAGAAGGAGUCCACCCUUCACCUGGUCCUGCGUCUCCGUGGAGGCAUGCAGAUCUUCGUGAAGACCCUCACUGGAAAGACCAUCACUCUGGAGGUUGAGCCCAGUGAUAGCAUAGAGAACGUGAAGGCCAAGAUCCAGGACAAGGAGGGAAUCCCCCCAGAUCAGCAGAGGUUGAUCUUUGCUGGCAAGCAGCUGGAAGAUGGCCGCACCCUGUCCGACUACAACAUCCAGAAGGAGUCCACCCUUCACUUGGUCCUGCGUCUCCGUGGAGGCAUGCAGAUCUUCGUGAAGACCCUC